GAAGUGAUAACAAAGGACUCAACCACGCGGGGAACACAGUGUUGGCCGUUUGUGUUUGCAAAGCAGCAGGGAAAAGGCACUGACAACGUUGCUGUCUAGGAUCAAACUGUUUAAUCAUCCUACGCUAUGAGUAGUUUAAGCUCUAUAUCCAAAGCUGAAAUAAUAACGGCUGUCUCAUUGACUGCCGGAGCAACCGCCGUAGGAGUCCUAGUGUACCAAACAUUCUUCUCCAAAGGCAAAUGUAGUAAGCCAAAGGUGAACCUAGAUUUGCAGAAGGACAAUCCCAAAGUGGUGCAUGCGUUUGACAUCGAGGACUUGGGGGACAAGGCUGUGUACUGUCGUUGUUGGCGGUCCAAGAAGUUUCCAUACUGUGAUGGUGCCCAUGCCAAACAUAACCAAGAGACAGGAGACAAUGUUGGCCCUCUCAUCAUCAAACGCAAGGAGGCAUGAGGGCAAAUGUUGCAAGCGCUGACGCCAUGCCUUGGACGUGUCCGCUGUUCACAUGCGCACACCAGUGUCUGUCUAAGUGUCUGUUUUCAGUGCCCGCAACAUCAUGAUUCGUGUGACUCAACCAAAUCGGGUGAUUUGUCAAAUUCUGUCUGUGUCUAUCCCUGUCUUUUUUGACUUGAGAGUGAGUGUGAAAAGGAGAGGAGAGAAGGAAAAGCUUGGUCCGACCUCCAUGCUGCUCAUGCACUUAUGUGAUUGAAUGUGUGAACUGUAAUUGCUGUUUGCUUGGUGUUCAGUUGUUCCCGUAUGUUUUAUUGUAUGUGUGUUUGUUAGUUUGCUGACGGUCAUUCUGAUGCUACACUAAGCCAUCUAUGUGCUGCUCAUGUGUAGGAGAGUCUUUAAUCUUGGCCAUGAAAGGAAUCCUGUUGGGCCUGUGUGUGUUCAGGGAGUGGCAUGUAAAGUUGAGGGUAAAGCCUUUGCACUUCAGCGAGAUCAUGUCUGUUGUCUGUCUUUGCAUUUUAAUGACUGCUUUGCGUGGGUGUGUGUGUGUGAGCUUGUGUUUCUCCUGUGGCGCGAUGCUUCCUAGUUCACUUAAUGCGAGACAUCAUUUUGGUAUUACUCUCCGCCACUCAGCCUUACCUCCCAUCCUAGUCAAUUAGUAGUAACAGCUGUUAUUCAGUCCUGGUUUUUGUCCCGAGAUGCUCCAUAGAAGUUCUGUGACACGAGCUCAGAGCUGCAUGCAUUUUUGUCUGAAACGGCCUCAAUUUGGUCCUGUUUUGGCCUGAAAUGCUAUUGGCUUUACCCAAACACCUGAGCAUACGGUUUCUCAAACUUAAUAUCUUGGCCCAUGUGUGCUUUGUCAAUCCACUGAAGGGGUCAUAUCUUUAGGUUUUUGCUACCCAUUCAGUUAAUCUUUUACAAUAUGGAAAAGUGCUCGACGCCAGAAAACCCAACUUCAAUUGUCUGAUUUGGCUGAAUGGAUCUUGCCUGUUCAACUAAUUUAUUCUUUAACAAAAUCAAGAAUAAUUAUACAUCCAACUACUUCAGAGUAUUACUAACCUUCCCUCUUGCACUCUUGCACUGUAUUUUUAUUAUUGAUCGGUAAUUAAUUGUUUCCCAAUUUUUUUGUGUUCCAUUUUAUCUGCAUUCUCAAGACCUAACCAAAUUCUGCUGUCCAUGAAUUGAAAUUCAUCAGCAAGAUCUAGGUGGUGUGCAUAUCUUUCAUAGAUCAAAGGUGUUGGCUCAUAGCAUUGAUGCACUGUGUUGGUUAACCCUAACACAUAAAGCCUUUAUUAUUCCACUAGUGUAGUUUUUGUGUGCACGCAGCCAUCACAGCUGCCUCUUCAUUUGAAAGCAAUCAGUGACAGAAUGUUGCAAAUAAUUGUGAGUACAGUAGUUCUGAAAGUCUUCUUACUAUUCGAUUCUCCUUGAGAAACCUUGACCUUGAGAUCAGGGGUGUGUACAUAGAAGAGAUAAUAUAUGGUAAAUCUAUGGAGGUACCAUGUGCUUUUUUGCCACCAUUAUGAAAUGUAUGAUUUGGUCUUGUUUAAUAUAAUGAUUAAAAAGCAUUUAAAUCAA